CCCCCGACCGAAACGAUUGCAUUUGACAAGGCUUUCUAUAGGCUACAUGAAAAACCAUGCCUGAGGAAUGCAUGAGACAGGAUCCAAUUAUUGAAUGAUUCCAUGUAUCGCAGAAUAGUGUACACGCACAGGAGGACAAACGUUUCCGUUUCUGAUCUGACGACGUGGAUUACAUCUCAUCUAUCUCGAGAUUAGCCGGGGUUGUUCAGUGUUGUCGCUCUCCACCUCAUCCGAUUCAACCUCGUUUGGCAACGUAAAUAGUAGACUUCUUUUCCACAAAUACAAAACAACGCGUAUAGUUUAUAGACAACUGUUUUUUAAAUUCUGGAUCUAUUCAUAAACCAUGCCUUCGAUUGAGCGGACUGAACUGUGGUUUGGCUAUAGCCUACCAUGCCCUAUUAACUGCGUGCUGAAGUGAUGAUGACGGCCUUUCCCCCGUUUUAUGUUUAUUUCUUCCGCAAGGCGAACGAGAACCUCCGCCAUCAGUGGAAAUGGAGAUAUGUUUUAGAAAUGUGUGCCUAUUAAACGGAUCCUUUUAAAAUGGUGUGUGCGAAGACUGCUAUCAGCAGAAAAUGGAACUACGAACAUGUGUGUAUUUCAUAUUCGAAACGGACACUUGUGAGAUGAAGGAUUACAAGAAAAGCAAUGGCAAUUUUGAUCAAUCAUUGAUACUUCGACGUGAGGAAGCAGGACAACUUGAUGUGCGAAUAUAGAAUCAACGCGUCUUUGACAAUAGCCUGGUUGCAUAGAUGGCAAACACAAGCGAGUUUGGGGAAAGCAAUCCUUCACCACAGAAUUACGCUAUCACCGCCUCUGCGGUGAAACUAGCCUCGCUCGGUCUGAUCAUUUGCAUCAGCCUUGUAGGGAAUGUGGCGCUGUCCCUGCUGGUGCUGAAAGACAGCUCCCUUCAAAAGGCUCCGUAUUAUUUUCUACUUGAUCUGUGCUUGGCAGAUAUAAUACGGUCCACCGUGUGUUUUCCCUUUGUGAUGAUAUCAAUCAAUAACGGUUCCACCUGGACGUACAGCAUUAUAAGUUGUAAGAUUAUUGCCUUCAUGUCAGUUCUUUUUUGUUUCCAUGUAGCGUUUCUGCUCUUCUGCGUCAGUGUCACCAGAUACAUGGCGAUAGCACACCACAGGUUUUAUUCCAAACGAAUGACAUUAUGGACAUGUGUGGCUGUGAUUUGCAUGGUCUGGACCCUCUCUGUCGCUAUGGCUUUCCCCCCUGUAUUCGACGUUGGCACCUACAAAUUCAUCCAUGAGGAGGAACAAUGCAUUUUCGAGCACCGAUACGUGAAAGCAAACGAUACCCUGGGCUUCAUGUUGAUGCUGGCUGUCAUCGUGGGAACAACACACGUUGUUUACAUAAAGAUGCUGUGUUUCGUUUAUGACCACCGCAAGAUGAAACCUGCUCAGCUGGUCCCAGCUAUAAGCCAAAACUGGACCUUCCACGGGCCAGGUGCAACUGGGCAGGCAGCUGCCAAUUGGAUUGCAGGAUUUGGACGUGGUCCCACCCCACCAACAUUAGUGGGCAUCAGGCAAGCCUCGCAUAAUGGAAACAGACGGCUGCUUGUCUUGGAUGAAUUUAAAAUGGAGAAACGCAUAGGGAAAAUGUAUUACAUGAUAACUCUGGCGUUUCUUCUCUUCUGGGCUCCGUACAUUGUUGCUUGUUACCUUCGAGUUUUUGUCAAAGGAGGCACCAUUCCACAGGUCUACCUGACUGCGGCGGUGUGGAUGACGUUCAUUCAGGCGGGGGCGAAUCCCAUUAUUUGUUUCAUAUUCAACAAGGAGCUGAGGAUCCGUCUCAGAGCUUGUUUCCCGUGUUGUCUCAGCACACAGACGCCUAUGUCUAUGGAGCCUUACUGUGUCAUCUGAUAGGUUCAACUGUUGUUUUAGACAAGGGAAAACGAACAGAACUGUCAUGUUGCUAUUAAAGCCUAUAGGUGAUAUUUCUCAGUUGCUCUGCUUGUCCAAUUUUUCCACAUAAGUUGAAGGCCACAUUUUGUGAUUUGCACAUACAGAACGUGUAUGAAGUUGCCAAUCUUGAUUUGAAAUACUAAUAAUUUAGCCUAUUUUAUGAAUCUCAUUAGUAUAUUCUUUGAGUGUAGCCUAGGCCUAUGUCAAUUCUGUGAGAAAGACAUAUGACAUGUGUAUAUAUUCUGUAAAGCUAUUUUGUUUCUUUAUUAUGAACAAACAAAAAAAAUUACUUUGUACCUUUCAGAAAAUCGUAGAAUUAUUUGUGUGGAGAAAGUGUUAACUCACUUUUACAGUAAUUUGCAAAUACAUGUUCUUCCUGGAAUGUUGAAAUAAUCUGGUGAUACAAAUGCAUCCCUUGUACAUUCCCUGUAAAAUAGACAAAAACAUUUUUUUUCUAUGGACAAUGACCAUGGGACUCUAAAAGAAGAAAAGUGUCAGUGCUGCAGAGAGGUGUUUGCAUUGUUUGGACUUCUGAGUAAAUAAACAACAAAUGAAUGAUUA